CGAUUUCGCUCGAAGUGACUAUCUGCUUGUUUGUUCAAUAGGCGUGGGAGACCCGCCAUUUGUGACGCUCCCAAAAUUUUUGACUUUCUCUCACAUUCCGGUGGUGAUAUCACUGAAUUUGAGACUAUAACUCCAGAGUGAACUUCCUAGUUACAGCCGGUUUGAUAUAGGCAGGAAUCUCUUCCAGAGUCAAUAUACACGACAGUCUUGGUCGCUUUUGAUCACAUUUUGUCUUCUUCCGUUUUAUAUCAGGUGUCAGUAUGGAAUCUGAAAGCGUGGCUCCGAGUUUUUGCAUCGGACAGCAUGAAAGCAAGCGCACCAUUCCAAUUACCUCAGAAGUGGUGCAACUGGCGCAUGAAAGUAAUUAUGACAUGCUCACUACUCCAAUUACAACCCCACACUUCCAGUCGCGUGUGCUCAGUCUUCUUUCUUCACACUUAUCGAAUAUACAGGCUGUGUCUCAUAGUGAUUCUGGGACUCUGAUGACCACUGAGAACAUACGACCUCUCGUUAUGCCGCAGCUAGGACCGGCAGAUACUCAUUUGACCCCGAAUGAGGCAAUGUCGCAGUUGGUGGGAGUAACGAGUUCAUGGAUCGACCUGUGUUCUCCCGACCCACUAAUCGCAGACCUGUCACGCCAAGUUUUUAUGCUCGAAGUAGCCUAUGCCGCCUUCUGUGGCAUUGGCUAUCUUUUGAUUCCAGGACCAAAGUUGCAUCAUAAAGGAAUGCAUUCGGAUGGAGUGAUGUACUAUGCACGGGCGAUUCAAGAUGCACUUAGUCUCGGCCCAUACAUCCAGUUUCAUAUCUGGUUAGACAUGGUCGACAAUCAGGAUCUCGAAUUAGACGAGAUGGGUGACCUUGCACCUCUUGCUCGGGAGGAAUUUUUUGACACCGAAAUAGAGCAGCCAAAGAUAGACCUUUUUGGUACUUGGGAUGCCUGGGAUGCUAUUAGAAGAACUUGUAAAUACCACUCCAGGCUUUUCGUAGCUCUCUCUUUACCGAAGCACCUUCCACCGAUGGCUGUUCAGUCAAGAUGGCAUUCUGAGCCAGUCCACUUGUUUACCAUCGACUCGAACACGUUCAUCAAAAAUCAGAAAGGAUAUCCAGUCCUAAGUAAAGCUCACCAGGCACUGAUUUCCAGGUUCAUGCGUCUCCGCACCGCUCCAUGGAUCUUGCUUUGCGAUGUUGGACCUAUACCAGGUGUAGAGACGGACAAUGCGUCCAGUCUCCCUGGCUCUGAAUACCCUAGUCUUGCACAGGCUGCGGCUUCAAUCAAAAAGCAUCAUGACCCUACUCCGCAUCUGUCAUACAUGAGAAAUCUUCAAUCACGUCAGCCUCCCCGAACUGCCAUUGAGAGAUUCGGCACUGGCUACCAAGACUACCUGCAAGCGCCACUGCAGCCCUUAACUGUCAAUCUGGAAAGUAUCACAUACGAAGUCUUUGAGAAGGACCCUAUCAAAUACGAAUGGUAUGAGCGCGCGAUCGCGAAGGCUUUAAGCGAUUGGGUAGAACAAAAAAAGCCCACGUCAAACCCGGAUGGCCGUGUGGUCGUUGCAGUAGUUGGUGCCGGAAGAGGUCCUUUGGUGACUAGGGCUCUCAAAGCAAGCGCUCAGUCGGGUGUUGAGAUUGACUUGUGGGUUGUGGAGAAGAACCCAAAUGCAUUUGUCCUUCUCCAGCGUCACAACGAGAAUCUAUGGGGCGGAAAGGCCAGCCUUGUGCACUCCGAUAUGCGUGCUUGGAAAGGACCGCGCGUACGGAAAAGCACCACCUUGUCGACAGAACCCGUCGGACAGUCUCUGGGUAUUGAAGGCCAAUUUCUCUACACUCCUGACCCUAACCAAAAAACUGCAGAUUCCCCUAGCCUGGACGCUAUUGAGUUUGAGGACUCCAAAAUCGAUAUUGUUGUUUCUGAGCUUCUAGGUUCUUUCGGGGACAAUGAACUCUCGCCCGAAUGUCUAGACGGCGUCAACCAUCUGCUGAAUCCAGUACACGGCAUCUCAAUCCCAGCAUCUUACACGGCACAUCUCACGCCUAUCUCAGCGCCAAAACUCCAUGCGGAUGUCACGAACCAGUCAAUCACAAACCCUGCAGCACCUGAAACGCCUUAUGUGGUCAUGUUACAUGCUAUAGACUACCUUUCUACUAACCAAUCCGACGCCAGCGCAGGUAACCCCGCUAGGUCUUCAGUUGCGACAGUUCCAUAUGAACCAACUACACCAUUUGUCCAAACAGCCUGGUCUUUCUCCCAUCCUAAUCGAGAUAUACCUCCUCAGCCGGCUUCAACGUCGAUGAUAUCCAAUGCACACAAUGUGCGCCGGACUCGUUUAACGUUCCCGGUCCCAAAUCGUGGAGUUUGCCACGGCCUUGCAGGCUACUUCGAAACAGUCCUGUACCGCGAUGUGGAACUGUCCACCAACCCGGUCACUAUGGACAGCAAGAGCGCGAACAUGAUCAGUUGGUUCCCGAUCUACUUUCCGCUCAAGACACCUCUAAAUGUCCCCGACAAUGGCGAAAUUGUCGCGACAAUGUACCGACAGACCGAUGACCGAAAAGUGUGGUACGAGUGGAUGGUGGAAGUUUUCGCUUUGGAGGGUGGCUCAGAACCAGCAUCAGCAUCAGCGCCAGCGUCAGAACGCAUCGCCCCUGUGAUGAGCGGGGCCAGGACUAUUUCCGCUAGCGCGGAUAGCGCUCACAACAAGGACAUCACAGCGGAUAGCUACAGUAGGUUGGCACAGAAGAAAGCACGCGGCCCAAGACGAGUGAGGGUGGGGAUGAGUGAUCUACACUCAAGCAUUAAGGAUGGGUGUCUUAUGUAGCGGAGAAAGUCUGCUUUAACUCGUUCCGGAACCCGGAGCGGUAGCUAAAUGGCUGCUGUGAGUGAGGCUGCAAGGAUUCGGAUUUGCGGGGGGGGAGGCUGGUGGUGACAACAAUUCCUUGGCGAAGCAAAAGGCUAGCCGCCAAGCGAGUUUGUGAUAUCAAGAAUGAUAACGCAGCCUUGGCAAUUUGUGGUCGUCAGUAGUCAUAACAUAGAACCUGCU